UUUCUCACUCUACCUGUCCUCUCUCUCUCUCUCAUGAUCCUCCAUAGUUGGCCCAACCAGACUUGCGAUUCUCGCCAUCCCCACAUUCUCCAUUUUUCUCGGGAAAAUUCCAGCUAUCACAUUCACUGCCACUCCGGAGAUUCUUCGCCGUCUCUCUUACCAGCGUAGAUCAUUCAUUCACCAUUUAUGAAAGAACAACUGAAGGUAAUUUCCGCACAGAAUUCUUGACAUACAUUGGCAGGUAAGGGAUUGGUAUAUAUGUCUUUCGAUCAAUCAAGGCUUGAUAACAAUGAGGAUCCUCAGUUUAAGAAAUCCGCGCGAUCAUCGAGCUUAAAUCAGCAGAGAAUCUCUCAUGGAUUUCAUUCUAAGCCGAGCGCUGCCGGAAGGUGUCCUACGCCGAUCGUCUCCAACCACAGUGUUAAGAAGUCCAACGAGACACAACACGCACGGGAAUCUAGGGCUGUUUUUUCGUCUGUAAAUUCUGCCAUUUCUACUACGCCUCAGGGAGGUCAAAAUGGUUCUCAUGUGCAGCCGCAGCUGAAUGGUUCAGCAUCCAAUCCAAUAAAAUUGUCAGAAUCCCAAAGCGGGAUUUUAAAAAAGAAUGCAACUUCUCAAACUACCUCAAAAACUUCUGAUGCAUUGUCAGAAUCCAAUGGCGGAAUUGCUCAAAAUAAUGCAACUUCUAAACCUACCUCAAAAACUUCUCAUACCAAGGCACCCUCGACGCCCUUUAAAGUUCUAGACUUGGGAGAACAACAUAUAGCAUUUCCACUUCAGUUUGGAUCCAUAAGUCCCGGUUUCCAGAUUCCUAGAACCUGCUCAGCUCCUCCAAAUAUGAUUGAACAGAAAUUUAAUCAGACACAAAGCCAUUUGUUCAAAUCUGUUCCUUCGGGGUCUGUACUGCCAGUACCCAAGCAACCAUUACAGAAAAAUGAUUCCAGCGUCCGUGGUCAACCUAAUAGUGGAAAAUCCAAUCCAGAUCCUGAAACCAAAAGGGAGAUGCAAGUCUCCUCAGGAUCCCCCUUAAACCAGAUUCAGAAGCCUUCCCAUGUAUCAUUCAUUAGUCACAGAGCUUCUAUUUCACUCCCUGAUAGUAAUAGUAUGAGCAGCCUGGUGCAUCAAAUUGCUAAUUCACCUAAUGUAAAAGAAGUCCAAGUUCAUGGAGUGAUCUCUGCUUCCUCAGCAACAAAGCAUGUAGCAAUCCAACUGCCGCAUCAGGUCGGCUUUCAUGUGAGUCAUGACCUUGCUUCUCAAGAUCAUACUAGUCGUCCAUACAGUGAGGUUUCUGAAACUGUUCAAGCUUCAAAAUCAAAUGCUGCCAAGAGGGGAGGCACGCCCACUUCAAAUAAAGUUUCUGGUGCAGAGUGUAGUGUUGAUAUUUCAGAUCCCAUUUGUUGUUCUAAGCUGGAGUCCCCUUUGCAAAUUGAGCAAUCAAUGCAUGAGCUCGUUGGAACAAAAAAUGUAUGGAGGAGAAAAUUGCCUGGUUCUGUAGAUGACAUAGAACAAAGUAAACCUCCAUCUUUCAUGAAGUCAACAGCAAUUAAUAAUGGCUACUCAAACUCAGAAACGCUGGGGAAAUUGGAUGAAACUGUGAAUUUUCAUGCAGAAGUUGACAGUACCCAAGACAAUAACGUUCUUUCUAACUCUACAACUCAUGGGUAUAAGAUUUCACUUAUUCUUGCACCUUCUUGUGGAAGCAAUAAUAACUACAAUACUGAAGUGGGCAGAGCUGAUCUGCUGUCGGCUCCUGUGCCGACGUCUGAGCUCUCAGAUAUGAAGCAUGAAGGAAAUAGAAUAGAGCAUGCAGGUUUGCAGUGUGAUCCUAAGCAUAAACCUGUUGUGGACACAAACAAGAUGAGGAAUACGUCUUCAAGAGGAAAGAAGAAGAGAAAGGAAAUUCUUCAGAAGGCAGAUGCUGCUGGGACUACUUCUGACCUUUAUAUGGCAUACAAAGAACCUGAACAAAAGAAAGAGACUGUCAUGUCUGCUGAAAGCUCCAAUGGAGGCUUAAAUAUGAAGCACGAGUCUGCUGCUUCCAUUAAGGAAGAGGCUGUCUUGACCAAGCAGAGUAAAUUUGAGCCAGAUGAUUGGGAAGAUGCAGUUGAUAUUUCUUCUGGGAAUUACGAGGGUUUUGAGGACAAGGCCAAAGGAAAAGUAGCACUGCAUCACGAGGAUGGGAGUGGAGAUAUGGCCAAAAAGUACUCCAGAGAUUUCCUCCUGAAUUUUGCAGAGCAGUUCAUGGACCUUCCCGAUGGGUUUGAAAUUACUCCCAGUAUGAAGACUUUAAUGAGUAUUAACGGUUGCUCUCGUUCUGUUAAUAGUAAUUCAUAUGCUAAUCUUGGAAAAAUGGAUAGGCCAAGUGGAGGGUCUCGACUAGACCAUCGUGCUAUUGGUGUUGAUGCUUCAGGGCGGAAUUCAAACCUGGAAAGUGCUUAUUUAGCUGAUUCUGGCUCUCGACCUACCCAGGGUGCUAUCGGUGGUGCUUUAAAGAACACAAGGGCACACAUAGGUUCCCAGGGAAAGAUUCAAAGAAAUGGCUCCAGUACUGAUAGGUGGCAAAGAGAUACCAACUUUCAGAUGAAAGGUUUAAUUUCUCCUCCAACUCCAUUACAGAUGAUGCACAGAGCCGAGAAGAAAUAUGAAGUGGGUAAAGUGGCUGACGAGGAAGAGACCAAACAAAGGCAGCUGAAGGCUAUACUAAACAAGCUAACUCCACAAAAUUUUGCAAAACUCUUUGAACAAGUGAAAGCAGUUAAUAUUGAUAGCGCUAAGACACUAACUGGUGUCAUCUCUCAGAUCUUUGACAAAGCUUUGACGGAACCCACUUUCUGUGAAAUGUAUGCCAAUUUUUGUCUCCAUCUGGCUGGUGAUUUACCAGAUUUUAGCGAUGAUAAUCAGAAGAUUAAUUUCAAGAGGUUGCUUUUAAACAAGUGCCAGGAGGAAUUUGAGAGAGAGCAGGAAGAAAAUGAUAACGUUAAUAAGGUCGGUGAGACGAAACAGUCUGAAGAGGAACAAGAAGCGAAGAGAACAAAGGCGCGCAGAAGAAUGCUAGGAAACAUCAGAUUAAUUGGGGAACUUUACAAAAAAAAGAUGAUAACAGAGAAAAUCAUGCAUGUAUGCAUCAAGAAAUUGUUGGGUCAAUAUCAAAAUCCCGAUGAGGAGGAUAUUGAAGCAUUGUGCAAACUGAUGAGCACCAUAGGAGAGAUGAUAGAUCACUCCAAAGCUAAGCAGCACAUGGAUGCAUAUUUUGAGAUGAUGACUGAAUUAUCAAAUAACAUGAAGUUGUCAUCAAGGGUUAGAUUCAUGUUGAAGGAUGCAAUUGAUCUGAGAAAGAACAAAUGGCAACAAAGGAGAAAAAUCGAAGGUCCCAAAAAAAUUGAUGAAGUGCACAGGGACGCUGUGCAAGAACGUCAAGCACAAACUAGUAGAUUAGGCCGUGGUCCUGGAACCAAUGCAUCAUUGAGAAGAGGAACAUCCAUGGAUUUUGGUUUUAGAGCGUCUGCACUAUUGCCUUCUCCCAAUGCCCAGAUUGGUGGUUCAAGCAGUCAAGACACUCGUUUUGAAGGUAAACAACAAUCUUCCGAAGCCAGGGCAUUUCCAACUCCAUUGCACCAAAGACCUAUUAGUGAUGAUGCCAUCACUUUGGGUCCACAGGGUAGUUUAGCAAGAGGGAUGUCCAUUAGAGGGCCACGAUCUGUUUCAUCCUCUUCAUUACCAGAUGUGUCCUUGCCGGCUGCUGGUAACUCCCAAAGAAUUACAGCUCAUGGCUCAGUAUCAGAGCAUGCAACUUCCAAUUCCAGAGGGGGUAUCACUGUAAGAAAUAAUAUGUCAAAGGGAUUUGCAGGUUCAGUAUCUCCUGAUCAAGCGAGCACACAGGAGCCUGGUACUAUUAAUGGAUGUACACAAUCGGGAAACAUUGAUAGCAGUCUUGGUAGGUCUCAAUCAAUCUCGCCGACCAAACGUGAGCAACCAGCUUUGACACGUAAUGGUCAUUCUGAAGUUAUGUCCGAAGAACGUCUACGAGAAAAAUCCGUAGCAGCGAUUAGGGAAUACUACAGUGCUAGAGAUGAGAAAGAAGUUACUCUGUGCAUCAAGGAGUUGAAUUCGCCUGGAUUCUAUUCAUCCAUGAUUUCUCUUUGGAUCACAGACUCAUUUGAGAGGGAAACCAAAGAAAGGGAUCUUUUAGCAAAACUACUUGUUAGCCUCGCAAAAUCAAAGAAUGCUACAUUUACUCAACUCCAACUUGUCAAAGGGAUCGAGUAUGUUCUUGCCACUCUGGAGGAUGCUGUCAACGAUGCCCCGAAAGCUCCAGAAUUUAUGGGGCGACUACUGGCGAACUUGAUCUGGGAAGACUUGAUUCCAUUGAAAGAAAUCGGGAAGCUCAUAUAUGAAGGUGGGGAGGAGCCUGGAAGUCUUGUACAAGUUGGGGUUGCAGCUGAUGUUCUUGGCAACGUGUUGGAGGCAGUUCAAUUGGAGAAAGGUCAGAUUUUUGUGAACCAAAUUCUUAAAAGUUCUAAUCUACAACUGGAAACGUUUCUCCCUUCAUACCCAAUCAAACUCAAAUCAACAAAACUAGAGAAAUUUAUUUAGGUGGCACAGGGACUUGAAAUCAGAGCAGAAGAAAUUCAUUAAUUUGUAAUUUUAGGUUAGUUUUUUCUUUGAAAAGUUGUGGUUCUGGGUUAGUUACUGGGAUGUACUUUGUAAGUUGAUGGAAUUUUGCCACCCAUCUUCAUUUUUCACAUAAUUUCUACAAUAAAGGCCACAGCUGCAGUGACAAGAAAAUUUCCAAUUCUAAUGAUAGUCAUUAGUUCCAGCUUUAGUUCAUUUGAUCUUCGAACUUGAGCGAUUCAAGAA